UGGAGUCGGGUAGUCGCACAGCGAAAAUGGCGAUGCGGGUCUGCAGUAUCCCGGCACGGCGUUUGCUGCUAGUGCGGGGCGGAGGAUUCUACGUGGCCCGCAGCGGCGGUGGCGGCGCCGCCCGGGACUACUCCAAAGAUAAUGAAAGUAGCUGGUUCCGCUCCCUCUUUGUCCACAAAGUGGAUCCCCGAAAAGAUGCUCAUUCCAAUCUUCUGUCCAAGAAAGAGACCAACCACCUGUACAAGAUCCAGUUCCACAAUGUGAAACCUGAAUGUCUGGAUGCCUACAACUGCCUGGCGGAGCAGGUCCUUCCAAAGCUGCACACAGAUCCCGAUUACCCUUGUGACUUGGUUGGGAACUGGAAUACUUGGUAUGGCGAACAGGACCAGGCAGUGCACCUGUGGCGAUUCAGUGGCGGCUACCCAGCCCUCAUGGAGUGCAUGAACAAGCUGCGAGAGAACCAGGCCUACCGGGAUUUCCAAAAAGAGAGAAGUAAAAUGCUGCUCUCCCGGAGGAACCAGCUGCUCCUGGAAUUCAGCUUUUGGAAUGAGCCUUUGCCACGGGCUGGACCCAACAUCUAUGAGCUGAGGUCGUACAAGCUUAAGCCAGGAACCAUGAUUGAGUGGGGAAACAACUGGGCACGGGCCAUUAAAUAUCGCCAGGAGAACCAAGAAGCAGUGGGUGGCUUCUUUUCCCAAAUUGGGGAGCUGUAUGUUGUGCACCACUUGUGGGCAUACAGAGAUCUGCAGUCCCGAGAAGAAACAAGGAAUGCAGCCUGGAGGAAACGAGGAUGGGAUGAGAAUGUUUACUAUACAGUACCUCUCGUUCGGAGCAUGGAGUCCCGGAUAAUGAUUCCCUUGAAGAUCUCACCUUUGCAGUGAUGCUGUCCUCCCAACCCAGACACCCUUUUAUCAGCCACUAGCCUUGACAACUGUACUGGAAGGAAUGAGUCUUGCCAUCUGCCCCUUCCAGCUUCCCUCUGCCCAGUCCCUUCUCCUGCUGUUUCAUUUGUAGGCUGUGUGAGCUUCUGCCCCUUUUUUGUCAGGCUGCUGACCUCUGGCAGGGACAGUGUGUGCUGGACAUCCUUGCUGCUAGGCUCACAGCAGACUCUGCAUGGAGCUCGGAGAUGGAGUAUCACUGCUGGCCCUAAGGUGUGCUUCUGAACUGGUUUCUUCAGGGACAAGCUGUAUGAACAUUCUCGCACCUGAUACAUUCCCAGUGGCCUGAGAUUUGAUCUGGAAGCUCUUCUAAGUGCAUGGACUGUAUGAAAACUGGAAUAUUAUGUGCCUGGUUCCUCCUGCAAAUAGCCCUUGUUGGAGAAAAGCGGUAGUCCUGGCUGUUUGUCCGUCAGUCUUCAGUGGCCCAUUCUUGCUUGCUUCCUGGACGUAUCUUUUGGUAUUGCCAUCCAGCACACAUUCAGGUGGAAGAGUGUUGCCUUCUGACCUGGCAUCUUACUUGGUGUCCCAGAUGAUGGCAAGCCCUCUGGGUGGCAAGGCACAUUGCCUGCUCUAGGGCCAGGGGAGCCAGACUUGCUUAAAAUGUUACUCCGUCCAACUGGUUGGGUAUACCAUAGCCAGAAGUGUUUAUCCAGCCACCAGUGAAUGUACAUUCCUCUUCCCUAGUACAAAGAGGAUAGAAGGUUAGCACGUCCUCCAAGAGGCAAGACCCCAGAGAUGGCUUUGGCAGGAGAGAUGCUUAACUGUUUCUGUCUCCCUCUUUACCUUUUGCAUAGGCUGUUUGGCGUGGUUCAGUCUGUUUCAUCCCCUCUGCCCCUGUUCCCGCCCCCCAGAGCAGCUAGGCUUCAGUCUGAUACUUUGCAUAACUGCCGUAGACCUCAUCUGACUGUACCUCAUCGCUACAGACGAGGCAUCAGGACAAGCGUUCUCUGUCAGGCACUGUCAGCUUGCAAAGGAGGUGGCCCUGGGUGAAGCAGAGCUGUUCUCCCAGUUCUGGAGCAAGGCACUGUUCCUUUUGUCAGCUCCAAACUUCUAUGGAAAUGCACAAGACCAAGGCAGAGUUCUAGGAAAGUGUAAGAACUCUCACUGCCUGCCCUUCUGCCUACAGUUUGUUUGUUCUCCCCUACAGAAGCCCUCUAGCUGAGCUUGUUAUGGGGUGGGAGGGGCCAGAGUCAGGGGACUUUAGGUCUCGUAACAAGUGUGAGCCAUGUGGUGGGUAGACUACUGAAAGCUUGUUAAGGAAACAUUCCUUUUGUAGGGGAUCAUGUAACCAGCCUAACUG